AACAAGGAAUUAUCAAAUGGCUUGACUAUACACACACACUCAGGCAGAGUGGAUGACAGUUGAACAGUGGGACACAUUUUCUGGGAUGAUAAACAGACCGGGUGUUACAAGCUAUUGUAAUGGAUAAGGUAUGUGUGUGUUAGGUACCUCUCCAUCUUCUCGUUGAUGUAUCGGGCUUGUGAAUGACAGAUGACGGUCAACUAAGCAUAUUAUCUCGUCCAAUAUCUACCCAGUACCUGAUUAGAGUCGGGGAUGUUGUCUUCGUUCCAGUCAGUCAGGAUAAGUCACAGUACAUGAGCGUCACAGUAGGAAAAAAAUUAAACAGCAGAUGUGGAUGUUUCACAUAAAGAUCCAUAGAAAGAAUCUAUUGACGUUGUGUCCUAAAACACAUGCUGUAAAGUAGCUCUCCGAGGAUCAAUCUUUGUUCAGACAACCAUCUGGAGGUGGGGUUUGGAGUUGUAUAUGCUUGUAGUAUUAUAAUUAUGAAUUUCCUGUUUUGGGGUCUGACCAGUUAGGGCCAGCAGGAAGUGUGUUGUACUGGACCCUUGGUGACACGACCUGAGGGCUAGAGAGACAUUACAACUCCACUACCUAACAGCCAAGACAAUGAAGAGCAGAUAAUUGUCCAGUUCAGAGGGACAUGCCCGACAAUGGCUGGUGGACAAACGACGCCCAAUUAACACUUGUUCACUACUGAUAACGAAGGUCGUGAUCAUCAGUUAAAUACAGUUACCUGACAGGAUGGUCGUAAACAGGUUGUAAUGGAAAUUUCGUGGGAUUCAUUGAUUAAUCUCAAAUUCAGACAUAACCAAUGGCUGUUAUAUUAGUGUCCUAGGCUUGUCUGAAGCUUUGGGUAGCCUUUCAACCAAAAAAAAAUUAUCUAAUUUUGAAACAUCCGGGUUAUAAUGCAAAUCUGAGGAUUAUAAGUGUUUGUGGUAUUUUUUUUUUUCUACAAUUGUAUUUUUGGAUAUAUUUCGUUUUCUGAUCUCAGGAUUAUACAUGAACGUUUAUGAUGAAAGUUCGGUGUGAUGUAUUGUGUGUUACGUGGCCAAUGGAGGUGAUUUUUCGGGACGAUGAUGACAAGUGAUAAGGAGGAGGAGGGGGGUGUCAACCUCACCCACCUGGUAUACCUCACCCAGGAUGGCACCCUGGCCAACACCUGUAUCGGCACCGGCACCUGUAUGUCGUACGGCGACAUACAGGUCUGCAUGGACGACAUAGAUAACGACGCCUCAAAUAAAUGGUGGCGAUGUUGUCGAAGGAAAAUUAAAAUGAACAAAACCAGUAAUGUUAGAUUGUCCCAUGCCAAAGGAAUUUCCAAAAGAAUCUCCGAGAUAGCACGAUGGAGCAAACUCUGGAAGUUAAUACAAGAUGAUGAUGGGUGUCGCGAAGUAGUUUUAGACCCGAUACAGGAGUUUGACACAAUCGAAUCAGACACCAAGGAGAAGAAGUGUACAAUGGAACGCACCAUCCUCAAGGUUCACCUCCCUAACGGGGGCUUCAACAUGGUCAAAUACGGCGAUGCCACCGACGUCAAGGAUAUAAUCAAGUUGGUGGUGGGGAGGUUGACGGCAGGAGAAAGGUAUUUCUCAAACUGUUACGCCCUCAAGUUAGUCCACAUACAAUCCAAGGAUAGUUACUGGCUCCAUAAUAAUCUGUCGAUGUACCAGGUCCGGCAGAAAUACGAGACUGCCCACCCAUCAGAUGAGUGGAGAUAUGAACUGAGAGUACGGUACCUUCCGAAGAGCUUCCAGGAAUUGUAUACAAAGGACAAAGUGACGUUCUACUACUUAUAUGACCAGGUGCGGAAUGAUUACAUGAGAGACAUUGCCGAACACAUAGAUGCAGACAUAGCUAUACGGCUGGGCUGUAUUGAGAUGCGGCGAUUUUUCAAGGAUAUGCCACAGGCUGCCCUAGAUAAGAAGUCAAACUUUGAGUGUUUAGAGAAAGAAGUGGGCUUCAAAAGAUUCCUUCCUAAAUCUGUGACAGAGACGAUGAAGUCGAAGACCCUCCGAAAGCUGAUACAGUUCCAUUUCAAACAGUAUGCACAACUGACAGAGAACGAAUGUGUUUAUAAAUUUUUUGAAACGUUGAAGACGGUGUAUAAGUUUGAGCAGGAACGGUUUAAUUGUGCUUUAGGGACCGGGUGGAGUAUUUCCAUGGAGAUUGUCAUAGGACCAGAAGUCGGAAUUAGCUACCUCACAGAGAAGGCCUCGUCGCCGACACACAUGGCGGACUUUGCCCAGGUGCAGUCUAUCCAGACCAACGCCACGCCCGACACCAAGGGUGUGUUACAAAUCAAGAUUGCCGGAGCGACAGAGGCGCUAACAAUCAUCUGUAGCACGCUGGACGAAGCAGAGGACAUGGCAAACUUGAUGGACGGGUAUUGUCGUCUCGUCCACAACGUGACCACCUCUCUCUGGACCAAGAGAUCUCUCUCUGACUGGAAGUCUUCCGUCGAAGAGAAUCUGAAUAUCUUAGAUCUCCGAGGUGAAAACAUUCCCAGAUUGCCUUCCCUUGGAUUUGAGAAGACAGGAACUCACGGGAAAACAUCUCAUAACACUGGUUCUAAUGAACGGAUAUCUGACUAUGCAGAAAUCGUGGAGGACGAAGGCGACUACAGUACCCCUGCAGGCCAGUAUGGCAGCCGAAGGAAGAAGAAAAAGUCACGGGACUACGAGCUUCGACGGGACGCCAUAAAACUACAGGAGGUGCUGGGAGAGGGUCAGUUUGGCGAUGUCCAUAAGGGCAUCUACAUUGACAAGGAAGGAAUGACUGUAGCAGUGGCCGUGAAGACGUGUAAGGAAGAUAAUGAGGAAUCCAUGACUGAGAAGUUCCUGGAGGAGGCAUUGAUCAUGCAGCAGUUCGACCACCCACACAUCAUACACCUUAUCGGGAUCUGUUCGGAGCCAGGCCCUGUCUGGAUCGUCAUGGAGCUUGCCAAACAUGGGGAGAUGAGAGCUUAUUUACAAAAGAAUGCACACCUUCUUGACCUAUGUACCUUGAUACUGUAUACCUGUCAGUUGUGUACGGCACUGUCCUACUUGGAGAGUAAAAAGUUCGUCCAUAGGGACAUUGCUGCAAGGAAUGUAUUGGUGUCGUCACAUGACUGUGUUAAGCUGGCGGACUUUGGUCUGUCACGAGUCGUGGAGGAACAAAGUUACUAUAAAGCUUCCAAAGGAAAGCUACCCAUUAAAUGGAUGGCUCCAGAAUCCAUUAACUUUAGACGCUUCACUACGGCAAGUGACGUGUGGAUGUUUGGUGUGUGUAUUUGGGAAAUCCUGAUGUACGGUGUCAAACCAUUCCAACAUGUGAAGAACAAUGAUGUGAUAGGGAAGAUAGAGAACGGUGAGCGACUCCCUCUUCCCCUCGGCUGUCCCCCCUCCAUGUACAACCUGAUGUGUGUUUGCUGGUCCUAUGAACCCUCAAAGAGGCCUUCUUUUGCUGAGCUGAAAAUUCUUCUUUGUGAGAUCUUGGAGGAAGAAAGAUGUCGACAGGAGGAUGAGAUGAGAAGAGAUAACAGGAGGAUUCAAGAAAUCUCAUGGAGAUCGAGUGGAUCAGAUAUCGAGGAGCCACCCCCUAAACCGGCCCGCCCCCAGUACCCUGCCAUGUCACCCUCCGGCUCCACGCCAAACUUAGCCAUCAACAGUAGUGUGGCCAGCCUGCCACACCAAUGGAACAGUACUACCAAUCUACCCGUAGGUCACAGUACGCCUCUGCAGGGCCUCAGUCCUCAGACACAUCCUCCAACAGCCUCAGAACCCACCACGCUGCGGAACUCUCAGCUGCCCGCAGAAAUAAACCUUCAGCACUACUUUCCAUCUUCCUCAGGCUACACCGCUGUGCCUUCCUCUAACAAUCACCACCCGGGCAGCAGUACGAUGGACGCUGCCAUGCCCAUCCAUGCCAUCCCCGACCCAGGGGCAGCCAGUCUGCCGACUCGCCGGGGUGGGGCUUCCUCAAAGCCUUUCGGGUACCACGUUCCGCGUAAUCAUCAUGAGUUGUCUGAUAUCCUCGGCAACCAGUACCGUAAGCCAUCGCCAAGAAAUUCAGCUGUGAUAGACCAUCAGAUUCCUACAGAUCCCAGGCUUUCUCCUGAGGAAUUUGACUUCCACACGUCGGAGGGAGUACCCCGGGCCCACAUUAAUCACGACGAGGAUGUGGACCCCAAAAUACUGGAGGAACGUCUGUUGUUACAACAGCGACAGCUACAUGAGGACGCUAAGUGGCUAGAGGCGUCGGAAACCAAACUGGGCAGAGAUAAGUUUCAGCCACCCAGCCUGAAGUCUGAUGUGGGAAGUAAGGAGAACUCUCCACCACAGCCCCCUGUAUCUCAGCCCCCUGUAUCUCAGCCAGCCAUGGAAGUCCAGACACGCCCAACCAUUACAUACUCACGUACCUCUAGUAAUAGCCACGCAUCCAGUGGCAGCCGAAGCAGUAUAAACAGUGACCCAGAGCUGCCGUCUCCAACCACUAAGAUGGAGGCUGCUUCAACACAAGAGUUGGACAGGAAUGACGACCAUGUUUAUGAAAACACAACGAAUGUAGUGCGAUCUGUGAUGUCACUGACGAGAGUAGCCCCAUCUGUCAAGCCCGACGACUAUGUGGACUUAGUCAAGGAUACUGGCUUACAAUUACGAGGCCUUCUGAGCAGUGCUGACGAAUUUACAAGGACGGUACCCCAAGGACUAGAUGCUGAGAUUCAGAUGGCUCAGAAGGUUUUAUCAACAGACAUGGCCUCGUUGAUCAGCUCCAUGAAACUUGCUCAAAAGUACAGAUCAACAGCAUUAGAAAAUGAGUACAGAAAAGGAAUGCUCAAAGCAGCUCAUGUUUUAGCGAUGGACUCUAAAAAUCUUCUGGAUGUUGUGGACAGAACUCGGUUGAAAAUGCUUGCUAAAAGCUGAUUCCUGGCGAGGCAGUGCCUGCCAAGUGGUUUUCACUCCAUUAAUUUGUUGUUGUUGUGAUGAAGUGAAGGCAUUCUCGGACAGCGCUUGCCCAGCAUAUUUGUGAGGGAGAAAGUAACUAAAAGAAUUUUGUGCAAUAUAUAAAUAAUACAUCAAAGUCGUAUGAUGUUAAAGUGUAUGGCUAGACACCUAGUUGGAUUGUAUGCUUGCAUCAAUUGGCAUUGUAUACUCCUGUCACAUGACUUUGUAUUCUGUCACAUGACUUAAUAACUUCUGUCACAUGACUAGGUAUACUCUUGUCACAUGACUUUGUAUACUUCUGUCACAUGACUUGGUAUCCUGUCAUAUGACUUGGUGUCCUGUCAUAUGACUUUAUAUACUUCUGUCACAUGAUUGGUAUACUCCUAUCACAUGACUUGGUAUACUCGUCACAUGACUUCGUAUACUCCUGUCACAUGACUUUAUAUACUUCUGUCACAUGACUUUGUAUACUUCUGUCACAUGACUUGGUAUACUCCUAUCACAUGACUUGGUAUACUCUUGUCACAUGACUUUGUAUACUUCUGUCACAUGACUUGGUAUACUUCUGUCAAAUGACUUCCAUAGAAAUCUACACGAGAUAUGAAUUGAAUGUGAAGAGUGACCUAUGCAUGUGUUGUGAAAUGAAACUCAUUUGAUGCCUGAGGUUCUUUUGGGUGAAACCCUUCAGUGACUGCAGGUGUUCCAGAUGUUGUGAUGAAUCUUCGGCGAUGAAUUCAUUUCCUUUUACAGAAAUUGUGUGACAACUCUUGCUUCGUAAGGAUGUCUGUAAAAAAUAUAUAUAAAGAUAUUGCUGAAAACUGUCAUUAGAUAUGUACAGUUUCCAAAGAUACAGCAUAUGCAAAUGUUAGUUACAGCCUGUAAAAAGGAAAUUUACACAAUCAGAUUAUCGACUGUGUAGACUUGUACACCACCAGAUUACUGGCUGGGUAGACUUGUACACCACCAGAUAUCAGCUGUGUAGACUUGUACACCACCAGAUUACUGGCUGUGUAGACUUGUACACCACCAGAUUACUGGCUGUGUAGACUUGUACACCACCAGAUUAUCAACUGUGUAGACUUGUACACCACCAGAUUAUCGGCUGUGUAGACUUGUACACCACCAGAUUAUCAGCUGUGUAGACUUGUACACCACCAGAUUAUCGGCUGUGUAGACUUGUACACCACCAGAUUAUCGGCUGGGUAGACUUGUACACCACCAGAUUAUCAGCUGUGUAGACUUGUACACCACCAGAUUAUCGGCUGUGUAGACUUGUACACCACCA